AUGGCGGGAGCCGACGACUUUGUUUGGCCCGGGGCAGAUGCCCAAGCCGAGCCCAGUGUCCCCUCAGCGCCACCUGGCACAACGCCCGGUGCGGUGCCCGGUGCAGUGCCGGGGGCGCCUGGGACCAUGCCUCCGAUGAUGCCUGGCAUGAUGAUGCCUGGGUUGUUGCCAGGGAUGGCGAUGCCAGGCAUGAUGCCCGGGAUGAUGCCAGGUGCGAACCCACUGAUGAUGGCAUCGAUGAUGAUGCCCAACCCCAUGAUGGCUAUGAUGAUGGGCGGUGUUGGUGGCGCAGGCAUGGCAGCUGCAGAGGAGAAAAAGGCGGAGGAGUCAAGCAAAGUGGAAACGCCCAUAGACGGUCGAGUCCGGGAGCUUUGCCGUGAGUAUGGCAUUGAGGACCGGCUUAUGAGAAAGCUCAAUGACGUGAUGAUGCGGCGACCGGAUACCUUCGAGGAAGACCUGAACACUGUGCGGUCCAGGCUUUCCAAGGAGCGCCCGGAUAUUGGCGUCCUGAUAACCCAGCUAGACCGCGGCACCUUCGUCACGCGGGGCAACAUCCAUCCAGACAUGAUGGCUGUAGUUAACAAGUACAAGCUGGACGAUCGGGCAACGCAGCGGUUGGUGGAGAGCAUGAGGAAGAGGAAAAAGACCAUGCAGGAGGACCUGAAGGCCAUCGACGUUCGCCUGGCGAGCGCCGAAAGACCUUCUGGGUUGCUCAUGACACUUCUCCAGGGCCUGGACACAACCGGGAAGCUGCCGGCGGCGCCCAAGUCUUUGGGUUUGCCAGGCAGCUAUGGCGCUGAGCGCGAGGAGAAGGAGAAAGAGCGUCCCAAGGAGCGGGACCGAGAUAGAGGAAGAGAUAGGGAGCGAGACCGCGAGAAGAAGCGCUCCCGAUCUAGAUCAAGGGGGAGGAGAAAGUGA